UAUCUCUGUUUUUUGUAAAAUAAAUAUAAAAUUCUCCAUGAGCCCACAUCCUCGUAAUAUAAAACUACUGUUUGCUCUUAUUCUUCUACUGCUAGUUUAUAUAGCACGUCAAAAACGGUUUGAACAACAAUAUUUUGACCGGUACCUAGAACAUCCACGUGGAGGCGAUUCGACAAAGAGUAAAUUUCAAACUGAAGUUGACAAAUGGGUUAAGUGUAUGGAAAAAGAUUUGUAUGUUGAUCGAGAGAGUUGGUACUAUGUGAGAUUUGCAACAGAGAGAUGUAAAAAUGCAUCAAUAUUUUUGAAUGUGCCAAUUAUGAAAUUAGAGACAAAUGUGGAAUAUCAAACUGGUAUCCGAAGUUAUGAUAUGUUCAUUGCCACUAAGAAGGAGCCGUUUGUAUUCGUCACAAUUGGAAAUUAUACGGAUUCUAGAACUCGGAAAAAUAUGACAGAUGAACUUCCAACGGACUUAAAAACCUACGGGACCCACCUGAACUCAUCAAAUAUUUAUUGGGAUUAUGGUUCCUUGGCAAACUACUUGAAUCAAUCCGAGUCGGCGGGUAUUGGACACUUUUCAACGUAUCUCAAAACUCAAGUGAAUCAUAAGGUUAUCGAUUUGAUCUCAAUUAAAGAAGAAGUAAACAAUUAUAAAAUAUUCCAUGAAAUCUCGAGAAUGGGCAAAUUGGAUGAAAACGGGCAAAUUGUAUGUCAAAUUGAAAUUCGCCUUGCUCCACCAACUUCUCAAACAAUUAAGCAUCUCAUGGCAGGACUUUCACUAAUUUUUAAUGAUUCUCGAUAUGUACUUCUUUCAUUUCAUAAUCUUGAACUCUUUCUGGUCAAUUAUGAACAUCAGGAGUGUAGGGGAAAAUAUUUGGCACCGUAUAUUUAAGUACUUUUUAUAUAUUUUUUAUUUCAACCCGGAAAUGUUUUCAAUUUAGAACAAUAAUACACACGUUAUUUUCACGGAUAAAUCUUUUUAUAAA